AUGGAUAUGGGAUCUUCAGAUAUGGACAUGGGUUCUCAUGCUUGUAAAAUCUCCAUGUUGUGGAACUGGAACACCGUCGAUAGCUGCUUCCUCAGUGCGAGCUGGCAUGUUCGAUCUAAAGGAAUGUUUGCUGGAACCAUCAUUGGAGUCUUCAUUUUAUGCAACGCCAUUGAAUUUGUCAGAAGAGUGGGAAGGGAAUAUGAUCGAAGGUUGAUUAUGGCAGCGAAAUCCCAAUUCACUUCCACUACUCUUCCUGAAGCUCCACACAAUAAGGAUUCGCAAGCUCCGGCUUUACCAUACCACUAUAGGCCAUCGUGGAUCCAACAGAUCAUCAGAGGUGUAGCAUAUGGAAGUCAGUUCUCAGCCGCCUUCUUCGUCAUGUUGUUGGGCAUGUACUAUAACGGUUAUAUGCUCUUCGCUAUUUUCCUUGGUCAAACAACUGGGUACAUUCUCUUUGGAAGAGACACGUGUACCGCUUCAAUCGACCAUGUCGCUUCAGGAAGUUGCUGCUGA